AUGACAUCUGAAUUCGCCAUGAUGGCCCCCAUUUGUUUAGUGGAAAACAAGGAAGAGCAGCUGACAAUGAAUCCAGAAGCCUUACAGAUUCUUCACAAGAUAUCACAGCCUGUGGUGGUGGUGGCCAUUGCAGGGAUGUAUCGAACAGGAAAAUCCUACCUAAUGAACUGCCUGGCAGGACAGAAUCAUGGCUUCCCUCUGGGAUCCACAGUGAGGUGUGAAACCAAGGGCAUCUGGAUGUGGUGUGUGCCUCACCCCUCCAAACCCAACCAUACUCUGGUUCUUCUGGACACUGAAGGAUUGGAUGAUGUUAGAAAGGUUGACCCUAAGAAUGACCUGUGGAUCUUUACCCUGGCCGUGCUCCUGAGCAGCACCUUUGUCUACAACAGCAUGAGCACCAUCAGCCACCAGGCCCUGGAGCAGCUGCAUUAUGUGACCGAACUGACAAAGCUAAUUAGAGCAAAAUCCUCCUCAACACCUGGUGAAGUAGAGGACUCCACCAACUUUGUGAGUUUCUUUCCAGACUUUGUUUGGACAGUUCGGGAUUUUGCCCUGGAACUGAAGAUAGACGAGCACCCAAUCACAGAGGAUGAGUACCUGGAGGAUGCUUUGAAGCUGAUUCCAGGCAAGAAUUCCAAGUGUAUUCAAAAUUUCAACAUACUCAGAGAAUGUAUCAAGCAUUUAUUUCCAAAACGGAAGUGCUUUGUCUUUGACCGGCCAUUGAGUGAUAAAAAUCUCUUAUUUCAUAUGGAGACUGUGUCAGAAGACCAGCUGGAAGGGAAUUUCCACAUGCAAUCAAAAAGUUUCUGCUCCUAUAUCUUUACUCAUGCAAAGGUCAAGACCCUGACAGAGGGAAUUAUCGUCACUGGCAAACGGCUGGGGAAUCUGGUGGAGACCUUCACAGAUGCCAUCAAGAGGGGAACAGUUCUUUGUUUGGAGAACACAGUGACAACUCUGGUCCAGCAAGAUAGCACAGUGGCCAUGCAGAAAGAAGUCGACCACUACAGCGAGCAGGUGGCCGAGCAAUUGAGGCUUCCCAUGGAUAUGCCCCAGGAGCUGCUGGACAUGCACAUAACUUGCAAGAGGGGAGCUGUUGGAGUCAUCGUAGAGCACUCGCUUAAGGACAACCCGUGGGAAUUCCAGAAGAAUCUCAUGGAUACUAUAGAGAAAAAGAAGGAAGGCGUAUUGUUGUAGAAUGAAGAGGCAUCUGUCAAUUAUUGCUAGGCUGGCUUAAGCAGCUUCCGUAGACUAAUGGAAAGCAUUUUGAGAGGAACUUCUUCUGUUUCUGGAGGACAAAAUCUCUACCUGGAACCAAAGAAAAAGGUUGAACUUGACUACAGUCUAGUGCCCAGGAAAGGAGUUAAGGCAAGUGAGGUCCAGAAGACCUUCCUGCAGUCACAGGCAGCAAUAAAGGAAUCCAUUCUGCAGGCAGACAAAGCCCUCACCGCUGAGAAGGCCUUAGCAGCAGAUCAGGCUAAGAAGGAGACAGCUGAGAAGGAACAAGAGCUGCUACGUCAGAAGCUACAGGAGCAGCAACAGCAUAUGGAGACUCAAGAAAGAAUCUUUAAGGAAAAUAUAGUCCAACUGAAGAGUAUGGAGUGGGAAAUAAAAAAUCUUCUGAGAGAUUGGGAAAGAGUGCUGGAGCACAAACUGAAGCUCCAAGAAGAACUGCUUAAUGAAGUUUUUCAAAAGAUAUGUGAGGAGUUGCAUGCAGAGAUCCAUCAACUAAAAAAAGAGAUUGAAACAACUAAAAGACAUAGGUGGUUAUUGACUUCAAAAAUCAUUGAUGUGGCUGGCAAUGUGUUGAUUGCGGAGUUACCUGGUGCUGCUAAGCUAUUUGGUGUUGGGUUGAAAGUAAUCAGCUCAUUAAUAGAAUAG